CUCACUCGGUAAACUCCUCUCUCCCACUCAUGGAAACCCAACCCUCCGAGGAUACGUCCAUUAAUAAUCAAUACAUGGUUGAUAGUUCUCGCCCAUUUCGUUCAGUCAAGGAAGCCAUCUCAAUCUUCGGUGAGCUGUUUCUACAUAAUGAGAUCAACUCUUCUGAUCAAAAGCCUUGCACAAGUCCCAAAAGGGAAACAAAACGAACCACGUUCCUGCAGCUAUCACCAGCUUCGCCUCCAUUAUCGAAUCACAGGCUUGCUAUGGAUGACGAGUCUUCUUUGGCAAAUGCAUUGAAGAAGCUGGAAGCUGAACUGGAGGAAACGAAACGAGAGCUAAAAUCGCUGAAGGAGAAGGAGUCAGAAACCGUGAUAGCGUUGGCUUCACUGAAUGCAGAACUUCACGACAACAUGUCUAAGUUGGCAGAGGCCGAGGCUGCCGCUUCAGGGAAAGCGGUAACAGGAGAGAGAGGUUGUCGGCGGGAUGGUAUAAGUAAAGAAGAGAUUACAAAGGACCCAAUACCAAGGAUGGAAUACUCAUCAUCACUAGCUGAAGUACUAAGUGUUUUGGACCAAGAAGGUUAUUUUGGAAUAAGCAAGGAGCAAAGAAAGAUGCUGAAGAAGAAGCCUAUAAUUCCUCUUGUGGGAGAUCUCUUGUUCUCAAGGAAGAAAAGUUCCUCCACCACCAACCACUACCCUCCUUACGCCGCUUCCCAGGCAUAUCAUAGCUAGAAAUGAAACUGGGUCGACGUUGUUUCUCCUUUUUCUCUUUGUUUUUUGUUUUGUAGAAGCCAAAAUAUGUUCUGCAAUUUUAUCAAUCAGUGUGCAACCUGAUCUUAAUGUUCUUUUUGUUUUUCACCCGGAUCUUGUAAUAAAGUGGCUUAUACUUUAGCUCAA